AUGAUGGACCUUUUUGAGACCAGCUCUUACUUUUUCAACGACAUACGCUAUAUUGAUGGAGACCAUGGAACCUUGCAGCACUUGGAUAUGGUAGGAGUAUCCCCAUUGUAUCAGGAGAAUGACAGCCCUUUGUCACCGGGGCAAGACCACGUUCCGUCUGAGACUGGAGGUGACAGCAGCGGAGAGGAACACGUUCUUGCACCUCCAGGGCUUCAACCACAUUGUGAGGGACAGUGUCUCAUAUGGGCUUGCAAAAUCUGCAAAAGAAAGUCUGCUCCGACUGACAGACGUAAAGCUGCCACGUUACGGGAAAGAAGAAGGCUUAAAAAGAUCAACGAAGCAUUUGACGCACUGAAGAAAAAAACGGUCCCAAAUCCUAAUCAGCGGCUGCCCAAAGUUGAGAUUUUACGCAGCGCCAUAAACUACAUUGAGAAAUUGCAGGAUUUAUUGCAUACACUGGACGAACAAGACAAAACAUCCAAUAAUGACCCUUAUAAUUAUGACAAUAAACAACACAAUGUGUCCACCAACUGGAAAAAGCCCUGUCAAAACUGGCAGGGUAAUGCUGACCAUUCCAGAGCGCCAAUGACGAACCAAAGAGAAGAAACAGCAGUGGAGUCGUCGGCAUCAAGCAGCCUUCGACGUCUCUCAUCCAUAGUGGACAGUAUUUCUACUGAAGAGAUGAAAGGAAAUUCUACCGAGGAUGUUACGGAGAACUGA